GCUGCCACAUUCCGCAGACAUUGUGCAUUCUCCAACACUCCAGCGCUGAGCGAGAUCUACUACAUCCAUCUCCAUCCAUUUAUUUUAUUUAAUUAGUUUUAAUUUAGAUUUCUAAUUCUAAUUUAUUGAAACAUUUUAAUUUCUGUGCCCCGCAUUCCGUUCGGCUCUCUUCGCUCCGGUCCGGUUUGUCCGUGUGAGCCCUCGCCCACCGACACCGACACAGACACAGAGCCAACAGUGCCCCCUCCGUUGUGUGUGCGUUGCUGAGAAAUUGUGUGUGGAAAAAAUGUCGAAGAAUAAAAUAAACACAACCUCGGCCACGGCGAUCGGCGCCGAAACGAAUCUAAUCGAAGUGAAAUCAAAGUUCGAUGCCGAAUUCCGACGCUGGAGCUUUAAGCGCAACGAGACGGAGCAGAGCUUCGACAAGUUUGCGGCACUUAUCGAGCAGCUGCACAAGCUGGCGAACAUACAGUUUCUUAUACUCUACAUCGAUCCGCGCGACAAUGAUCUGCUGCCCAUCAACAACGAUGACAACUUCGGGCGAGCGCUCAAGACAGCCCGACCCCUCCUGCGUGUAAUAGUGCAACGAAAAGAUGAUCUGAAUGAGUACUCCGGCUUUGGGACGAUGAAGCCGCGCAACCUGAUUGGCAGUAUACUACUCGGCCACACGCCGGUUAAGACCAAGGCGCCAUCGAUAUCAAAGCCGCACGACUUUCGCCAGGUGUCGGCCAUCAUUGAUGUGGACAUUGUGCCGGAGACGCAUCGGAGGGUGCGCCUGCUGAAGCACGGCAGCGACAAACCGCUGGGAUUCUACAUACGAGACGGAACUUCUGUACGGGUGACGUCCAGCGGCCUGGAAAAGCAGCCGGGCAUUUUCAUAUCGCGCCUGGUGCCGGGCGGACUAGCCGAGAGCACGGGCCUACUGGCCGUUAACGAUGAGGUAAUCGAGGUGAACGGCAUCGAAGUGGCUGGCAAGACUCUGGACCAGGUCACCGACAUGAUGGUGGCCAACAGCUCCAAUCUGAUCAUAACCGUCAAGCCGGCCAACCAGCGUACGCUCACGUCGACGCACCGCGGCUCCUUCUCGCGUAACAGUCAGCUCUCGAGCGGAUCCCAUCACACAAACCACACGAACACCUCCGAUGAGAUCGAGCAUGAUGAUCAGGAUGAUAUUGUCGACCUUACUGGCGUCACGCUCGACGAGAGUCCCACGGGCACCUCCUCCACCGGCAAUCACAAUAAUCAUCAGCCGCAAACGACGCAGCAGUCAUCAUCACCGCCCUCGCAUCACCAGCAGGCAGCCUCCAAUGCAUCCACGAUAAUGGCCAGCGAUGUGAAAGAUGGGGUCCUGCAUUUGUAAUCCCUCCAGCAGCAUAAGUACUCAGAGCCAGGCAGCGACAAACGAGCGGAAAGCGAAGAGCGUCAUUGGAAUGUCGAAUUAAACCCACAAACGAACCACACAUUUGAUGGAAUCAGAACUGUACAGGCCUGUGGGUAUAUCAGUGGAAGAUAGAAAACUUUCACCGAAUUCGAUGAGCUCUCGUUAAUCGAAAAUCUCUAAAGUUUCCAGUUAAUUAAGAGUCAAGUUACAUGAGAGAUCCUGACAGGCCUGGCAGUCAUACAACAUAUACACAUAUAUAAAAUGUUUAUAUAUGCAGUCACACGACUUUCCCAAACAUUCCACACAAACACAAACACACAUGCACAUACACAUGUUCAUUUGCAAGUUUUUGAAUGCAGUAGUCCCUCGUUUUUAUCUUUUUUCCUUUCCAUAUUUAUAUUUAUAUGUUUAUUUGAAUUUGUAGGAUUUUUCCGUCAUGUUAUUAUUCAUAGUCCCCCCGAUGAUGUCGUAUUAGAUUAGAACGAGAUGGCAAUGGAGAUUGAGACAGAGCAGGAGGGAGCAUCAAAUGCCUAAAAGAGAGAGACGGAGAGAGAAAUUCACUUUAAAUACACCUAAAUGCCCAACGGUGAUUGUAAAAUUCUGAUAAUGUAAUAAUUAUACACUUGCACACACAUGCACGAAUAACUGGUAUCCAAAACAUUCCAUUUUAUGUACUCCGACAAACCAAAACUCACUCAAAAGAUCGAAACGCCAUACAUAAAACGUGGAUAUAUUCUAAUAUUGGGUGCGUUUUGUGUUUGUGGAACUUAUUUUUAGCAAGAAUUUUUUGUAAAAGGGUUUUAUAUGUAUAUGUCUGCUUUGAACAUGUAUCCCAUAUUUCUUGUGGUUAUCUUAUUUUACUUAAAAGAUUAUUUUUAUUUUACCAUUUUUUUUUUGUAAUUUUACACUCGUGUUUUGUCGCAAUGUGUCCAAUACUCGUUCAAGUUGUUUGUCUUUUUUUUGUACAAAGGAAACCAAUAUUUCAUCAUCUAGGGUAAUACAAGGAGAAGAGAAAUCGGGAAGAUAAAGUUAAACAAACACCAACAGCGCCUUCGCCUUCAAGAGAGCAAUUCGAUACUUUUUAUAUAUUUACAAGAAAAUAUAUACAAUAAUGAUAAUGCAUCUAUGUAUGUUAUACACGUAACUAUCUAGAUCUAAUUGAGCUAUAUACACACUGUAUAUGCUUUAGUCAAAUCGAAGAAAAGACAUUUAUCAGCAGAGUUUCAGAUCUGCUCGACUUGAAGUUAACAAUCACCAUAAUUAUUACUUAUGAGAAAGACCGGACAGGCAUUACUACCAAUACCUUAGAUAUCUGAUCGAUCAAACUCUAUGCAUAAUAUACUAUACAUAUACUAUAUACACACACACAUACUA